CGAUAAUAACGCUUCCGGUCAGCUCACACUAUGGAAUGGAACAAUAAUCUUCGAAGUUUUGUACUUCUUGUCCAUUUUGUGUUUAGAUACUACGCCAUUUCCGCUGAAAGCAUGAAAGCUGUGCUAUUUACUCCCGGUGGACCAGAAAGUAUGUACAUUGGAGAUGCUCCUCGACCAAAGCUGAAGGAAACCGAGGUUUUGAUUCGUGUGCAUUUCACUGCUUUAAAUCGAGCAGACACGUUGCAGAGGAAAGGCAGUUAUCCCCCUCCCCCAGGGGAAUCGGAAAUUUUAGGCCUGGAAGUUUCUGGAAUUGUAGAAGAGCUUGGUUCAGCAUGCAACCUUGGAUGGAGGAAAGGGGAUAAAGUUAUGGCCCUGGUACCAGGUGGUGGGUAUGCUGAGUUUGCUGCCGUCCAGGAGUCACACGUGAUGCCAAUCCCCAAGGGCAUGUCACAGUCUGAUGCAGCCACCAUCCCAGAGGUGUGGCUAACCUCCUUCCAGCUCCUACACCUCCUUGGUGAUAUCCAGCAGGGAGACAAGGUUCUCAUCCAUGCAGGAGGGAGCGGUGUUGGUACGGCAUCUGUACAGCUGGUGCGCCUGGCGGGAGGGGUACCUUAUGUUACUGCAGGGAGUCAGAAGAAGAUACAGGCUGCCAUGGACCUGGGCGCUGAAGGAGGGUUCAACUACAAGGAAGGAGAUUUUUCAGACUGGGCCUUGGAGGUGACUGGAGGCGCGGGACUCAAGGCCUUUACUAAGAUAUCUCGCCGUUCAAACUCAGGUGAAGGCAUGGAUCUCAUCACGGACUGUGUUGGCGGGUCCUACUGGCAACAAAACAUCAAAGCUCUUGCUACAGAUGGACGAUGGAUAUUGUAUGGCCUGUUAGGCGGGCCUAAUGUGGACGGCAACCUGUUGGGGCAGGUCCUUCGCAAAAGAGUGACACUCAAGGGGACAACCUUGAGAACUAGGUCCAUCAAGUACAAAGCAAAGCUGGUCAAGGCGUUCACUGAGGCAGCAAUACCGCACUUUUCAAGCGGCGAACUGAAGCCGUUAAUCGAUAGCAUACUGCCAAUGGAUCGCAUUCAAGAAGCACACACUAGGAUGGAACAGAACCUGAACACAGGAAAGAUAGUGAUACGGGUGGCGUCAGAGAAAAAGGCGGAGUUAUAAACAACAUGAGCACGGGAAAGGGUGAUAGGGGGUCCCCCGUCAGAGGAGUUAUAAACUACACGCACACGGGAAAAUAGUGAUACGGAUGGCGCCAGAGAUAAAGGCGGAGUUAUAAACAACACGAGCACGGGAAAGGGUGAUAGGGGGUCCCCCGUCAGAGGAGUUAUAAACUACACGCGCACGGAAAAAUAGUGGUACAGGAGUCGUCAGAGAAAAAGGCGGAGUUAUAAACAACACGAGCACGGGAAAGGAUGAUAGGGGGUCCCCCGUCAGAGGGGUUAUAAACUACACGCACACGGGAAGAUAGUGUUACGGGUAGCGUCAGAGAAAAAGGCGGAGUUAUAAACUACGAGUUUAGUACACAUUUUUAGUGGAAGUGUAUUCACUAAUAAAAAGCUGUCUUGACA